CUAACUUUUAAACAUGUCCACCUAUAGGUUUUUCCAUCUUCGCCUGGUUCAAGUUCUGUUACAGUGUCCUGCAGGAAUCAGUCCUUCCAUGAGAUGCUUAAGAACUUUAAAAAGUUACCAUAUCACUGCACUAAAACUGCAGGGAACUUUAAGAAGAUAUUGCAGGCCUAGAGUGUUAAUGGUGGGUACUUCGUGCUCUGCUGUGAUUGGAUCUAUGCUGAUAUUGAAUAAUAACAGAUCAGUACACUGCAUUGAGUCUAAGAGUGGCUUUAUUGACAAACCAAUCGUUAUACCAGAUGGAAGUUUUAAUAGAUUAAUUGUCGUAUUUCGUUUGUUUUAUCUUGGUCUUCUCUUUUCGCCAGUUCUACUGUGUCAUGUCAUCGAGAUCCUAUUACCUCUGAGAUUCAUAUUGUCUCUUAAAUGGAGUCUACUAUUAUUCUCCAUUGAAAGAGCUGGCCCUGCAUUCAUUAAACUGGGCCAAUGGGCUAGCACCAGACCUGACAUCUUCUCAGAGUCCACUUGUGCAUUCUUAUCUCAGCUACAACGAGACUGCACUCCGCAUUCUUGGGACGCAACAAAGCAAACUCUUGAAGACAGCUUUGGCCCUCAAUGGGAAGACAUGUUCACUAGAUAUGACCAUACUCCUAUUGGUAGUGGUUGCAUAGCUCAAGUGUAUAAAUGGGAUUUAAGUACUGAUUCAAUGCAAUGCAGUGCUGAUGCUGCAGUAAAAGCUAAUGGGGGAUCAUUACCAGUAGCUGUUAAAGUGGUGCAUCCAGGUGUGGUGGGAUCUGUACUGAGAGAUGUGUACCUAAUGGAGACUGUGGCUUGGUUUGUGGAUAGAGUGUUUCCUUCGGUUUACUGGAUCAGUCUGAGAGAGUGUGUGGAUGAGUUUGGGAUUGUCAUGAAAAAGCAAUUGGAUCUCAAAGCUGAGGCUGUCAGUAUGGACCAGUUUAGAAAGAACUUUAAAUCACAUAAACACAUCAAAAUCCCUCAACCAAUCCAUACACUUGUAACCAAUUCAGUACUAGUAGAGACAUUUGAAGAAGGUGUUCAUAUAUCGCAAUAUGUAAAAGAGAGUGAGCAAACUUCACUAAAGAAAAGGAUAGCAUCACUUGGCAUUGAUGUACUGCUAAACAUGCUCUUUGUACACAACUUUGUUCAUUGUGACAUGCACCCAGGGAACCUCUUGGUACAGACUGACCCCUCAGUAGGAGGAGGAGGUGACCCAUCACUAGUUCUUCUUGACUGUGGUGUCACUGCUAGUCUAAAUAACAGAGACUGGGACAACCUCCAUCAACUGUUCCUUGCUAUUGUAAAGAAAGAGGGAGGAGUAGUUGCAGAUCUAAUGCUGUCCAAUGCAAGUACUAAUGCUUGUACUGAUGUUGAUAGCUAUAGAAAAGAAAUGAAGGCAUUGGUGACUUCUGCAACAGAACAACUUAACCUAUCAACAGUUAAAGCUGGUCCUUUAUUAUCAAACUUAUGUAAAGUACUCAUAAAACAUAAAGUAAAAUUGGAAUCAAAUUUUGCGUCAGUGAUGUUAGCAGUGAUGGUAGUUGAGGGUCUUGGACGAUCCCUUGAUCCUCAGUUAGAUAUACUGGCAGCUGCUACACCAUUCCUUUUAAGGAAAGCCGCCAAAGACUCACUGAAGACUCUCAUGAACAAAGAAAAGGACAAGUACAAUUAAAGUUGUGUGUAUUCAAGUAUCUUUCAUUUAUAAUUACUAAAGAUAGACUGUUAAUUUAUGAUCUAAAGACUCAAACUCUAUAAGACCGAUUUGUUUUUAUUCUGUGAUGAGUUGUUUGUGUGUGUAUCUGUACCCCUGAAGUGUCUCUAAUAUAUUUAUUGUUAUUGUUCAUCCAUUAUUUACUCUCAUUUCAGUUUAUCUGUA